AGCGCAUUUGACUCUUUUUCUCCCCAGGGCCUGAAAUCUCCUCACCAUGCUCUGGGUUCCCCUCCUCCUCCUGCUGGGGACGUGGUGCACAGGUUCCAGCUCGCAGCCUGUGGUGACUCAGCCGCCCUCAGUGUCAGUGUCCCCAGGAAACACCGUGAAACUCUCCUGCACCAUGAGCAGUGGGACCAGCAUCAGUGGCUAUGGUGUGUCCUGGUACCAGCAGAAACCUGGGAAUUCCCCACGAUACCUGCUGUACUACUAUACGGAUUCCAGCAAGCACCAGGGCUCUGGGGUCCCUGCUCGCUUCUCUGGUUCCAAAGACACGUCCAGUAACGCCGGCUAUCUGACCAUCUCCGGGGCACUGGCAGAGGAUGAGGCUGAUUAUUACUGUGCUGUGUGGAGUGGGAGUAGCAGUGCUCCUCCUCACUGUGACACAGAUGAGAGAAUCGGAGGGUCCCAGCCACAAACCCGUUUGUCUCAGGAAGCCGAGCUCAUCUGGACUCCCCACCAUGGCCUGGGCCCCUCUGCUCCUCGCGCUGCUCACGUACUGCUCAGGUGCUGCAAGGGGAGUAGGGCUUAUCUCACCCUUUCAAUCAAAGGGGUCUUUGAUUUUAGAGCCAUUUCUCCCAUUGUCCCCAGGCUGCUGGCCGAGAGCUUUAAUCAUCAUCAUUUUAUUCCCAUGUUUUCUCCUCCUGUUGCAGGUUCUCUCGCCCAGUACGUGCUGACCCAGCCACCUGCAGUGUCUGUGUCUCCAGGACAAAGUGCUCAGCUCACUUGCACAGGGGAAAAAGUUGAUGAACAGAGUGUGCACUGGUACCAGCAGAAACCUGGCCGUGCCCCCGUACUCAUUAUAUAUGCAGAUAGUGAGAGACCCUCCGGAAUCCCUGAGCGAUUCUCUGGGGCCAGCUCCGGUAAAACAGCCACAUUAACCAUCACUGGAGUCCAGGCGCAGGACGAGGCUGAUUAUUACUGUCAGGUGUGGGAUAGUGACAGUAGCUCUCCUCACAGUGACACAGCCAGAUGGGGAAGUGAGACAAAAACUGCCUGUUCUCUCGCCCAGUACGUGCUGACUCAGCCGCCUGCAGUGUCUGUGUCUCCAGGGCAAAAUGCUCAACUCACCUGCAGAGGUGAAAAAAUUGACGAACAGUAUGUGAGCUGGUACCAGCAGAAACCUGGCCGUGCCCCUGUACUCGUUAUAUAUAAGGAUAGUGAGAGACCCUCCGGAAUCCCUGAGCGAUUCUCUGGGACGAGUUCCGGUAACACGGCCACGUUAACCAUCACUGGAGUCCAGGCGCAGGACGAGGCUGAUUAUUACUGUGAGCGGUGGCACAAAGACAGUUCCAUCUCGCAGCCUGUGCUGACUCAGCCGCCCUCAGUGUCAGUGUCCCCAGGAAACACCGUGAAACUCUCCUGCACCAUGAGCAGUGGGACCAGCAUCAGUGACUACGUUGUGUUCUGGUACCAGCAGAAACCUGGGAAUUCCCCACGAUACCUGCUGUACUACUAUUCAGAGUCAGUCAAGGGCCAGGGCUCUGGGGUCCCUGCUCGCUUCUCUGGUUCCAAAGACACGGCCAGUAACGCCGGCUAUCUGACCAUCUCCGGGGCCCUGGCAGAGGAUGAGGCUGAUUAUUACUGUGCUGUGGAGCACAGCGGUGCUCUUCACAGUGACACAAUCAGAUGGGGAAGUUCUCUUGCCCAGUACGUGCUGACUCAGCCGCCUUCAGUGUCUGUGUCUCCAGGGCAAAAUGCUCAACUCACCUGCAGAGGCGAAAAGAUUGACGAAGAGUAUGUGAGCUGGUACCAGCAGAAACCUGGCCGUGCCCCCGUACUCGUUAUAUAUAAGGAUAGUUCUCUGGCCCAGUAUGUGCUGACUCAGCCGCCUUCAGUGUCUGUGUCUCCAGGACAAAAUGCUCAACUCACCUGCUCAGGAAACAACAUUGGGGGCAAGAGCGUGUACUGGUACCAACAGAAACCUGGCAGUGCCCCACUACUUGUUAUAUAUGGUAGUAGCAGCAGACCCUCCGGAAUCCCCGAUCGAUUCUCUGGUGCCAACUCCGGUAACACGGCCACGUUAACCAUCACUGGAGUCCAGGCGCAGGACGAGGCUGAUUAUUACUGUCAGGUGUACGACAGCGUCCUCACCAUGCUCUGGGCUCCCCUCAUUGUCCUACUGGGGACGUGGUGCACAGGUUCCAGUUCACAGCCUGUGCUGACUCAGCCGCCCUUAGUGUCAGUGUCCUCAGGAAACACCGUGAAACUCUCCUGCACCAUGAGCAGUGGGACCAGCAUCAGUGACUAUUAUGUGAACUGGUACCAACAGAAACCUGGGAAUUCUCCACGAUACCUGCUGAGAUACAAGUCAGAUUCUGACAAGGGCCAGGGCUCUGGGGUCCCUGCUCGCUUCUCUGGUUCCAAAGACACGGCCAGUAACACCGGCUACUUGACCAUCUCCUGGACACUGGUGGAGGACGAGGCUGAUUAUUACUGUGCUGUGGAGCACAGCACCGUGUGUCACUGUGCGUAUAUCUUCGGCGGCGGAACCCAGUUGACCGUCCUUGGUCAGCCAAAGGCAUCUCCUACAGUGCACCUCUUCCCUCCAUCCUCGGAAGAGAUAAGUACAAAGAGCAAAGCCACACUGGUGUGUCUGUUGGGCAGCUUUUACCCAGGGGCAGCCCAAGUCACCUGGAAAGCUGACGGCAAGCAGAUCUCCACUGGAGUGGAGACGACCAAACCAUCCAAACAGAGUGACAACAAGUACAUGGCCAGCAGUUACCUGUCUCUGGAUGCAUCAGAUUGGAAGACCCAUGAGACCUACACCUGCCAGGUGACACACGAUGGGAAGAACAUUGAGAAGUCUUUGCAGCGCUCACAGUGUUCUUAACCUCCUGACCCUCAGAUGGCUCAGCUGGUCCUUAUGUCUAUCAGUAGAGUUUUCCCCAAAAGAGCUGGGAUCAGUCUGUAGCAUCACCUUAAUGCUGAUCUCCAGCAGCUCUGCUUCCUGUUUGAUGUGGGGGAUCUUUGACGAUCCUUUUGAUAUCUGCUUUUAUUCCCAUGUUCCCACUGCUCUCACCCCCUGCAUUCCCUGGAAAUGUCCUUCCUGCUUUAGUCUCUGAUGCAGCCUUGUUAUGAUAUUAAUAAAACCAGAAACAUUCAGCUAUCGCUGUCUGUGAAGAGUUAAAAUUAUUGUCUCUUUCAAACGUUUUCAAAAAGUUGUUUAUCAUGAUUCUGCAAUAAAAGAUGGACAUUUA